GUGGUGAGUGGUAAGAGCAACCCACAAUGGGAAACUCUCCUCAGAUUCUUGAAGAACCAAAAGAAACUAUCAACAACAACAAUCAAAGGAAGCUAACCCUUCUGCCUCUCAUCUUCCUAAUCCACUUCCAAGUCUCUGGUGGCCCUUUUGGAGAAGAAUUAGCUGUAAAGGCUACCGGACCCUUCUUCGCAAUCCUUGGCUUCCUUAUAUUUCCUUUCAUCUGGAGUAUCCCACAAGCCCUCCUUACCGCCGAACUUGCCACCACUUUCCCCGGCAAUGGUGGUUAUAUCAUAUGGGCUUCUCAUGCGUUUGGCCCCUUCUGGGGCUUCCUCAUGGGGUCAUGGAAAUUCUCUAGUGGAGUCAUCAUCAAUGCUUCCUACCCUAUCGUCUGUAUUGACUACUUGAAACUCUUGUUCCCUGUUUUCACAUCAGGGCUUCCUCGAUUUCUAGCUGUCUCCUCUGCUACCUUUAUCUUAUCUUUCCUUAACUACACUAGCCUAACAAUAUUUAGUUAUGCUUCAGUUGCUCUAGGUACAAUCUCACUCAUGCCAUUUCUGGUAAUGGCUACUGCUUCAAUACCCAAAAUUAAACCCCACCGUUGGAUGAACUUGGGUCAACCAGGGAUGAAAAGAGAUUGGAAUCUAUACUUCAAUACUCUGUUCUGGAACUUGAAUUAUUGGGACAACGUGAGUACUUUGGCAGGGGAAGUUGAACAACCCCAAAAAACCUUCCCAAAAGCACUUCUCUCAGCAGGAAUCCUUACUUGUUUGGCCUAUGUGAUCUCUCUUAUGUCCACAACUGGAUCACUUGAAUUGAAUCAAGAGAGAUGGGAUGAUGGGUUCUUAGCAGAAGCUGCCGGCAUGAUAGCAGGUGAGUGGCUAAAAAUCUGGAUUGAAAUUGGUGUUGUAGUGUCUGCAAUUGGAGUCUUUGAAGCCCAAUUGAGCACUAGUUCGUUUCAGCUUCUGGGUAUGGCUGAGACAGGAUUCUUGCCAAGAUGCUUCUUAUGGAGAUCCAAAUGGUUUGACACACCAUGGGUUGGGAUCUUAGUAUCAACCCUUAUGACAUAUGGAGUUUCUUUUAUGGGAUUCACCAAUAUAAUAUCAGUGGCGAAUUUCUUGUAUGGUUUAGGUAUGUUAUUAGAGUUCUCUUCUUUUAUAUGGCUUAGAUGGAAGUAUCCUCUGUUGAAGAGACCAUUUCAGGUACCAAUGGGAAUAAUAGGUUCAAUUGUGAUGUGUUUGGUUUCAACUGGGAUUUUGAUUUAUGUAAUGGCGAUUGUGAAUGAAGUGGUCUAUGUAGUGAGUGCUUCACUGACACUUGUUGGGGUUGUUGGGUAUUUCUUCAUGAGCUUUUGCAAGUCUAAGAGGUGGCUUGAGUUCAACAAUGUUGAAGAUGAAGAUGAGCGACGCGAGCAGGGCAGUGGUUCCCUGUCCAGCGGUUGGGUUGGGUGA